ACACUGUAUUUAUUCCCUUUUAACCAGCCACCAGAAAACAAGAGCUGGAUGAAGCUCUAGUCUCCAUGAUAGUGAAGGAUACCCAGCCUUUCACUAUUGUGGAUGACGUUGGAUUCAGGACAUUUGUGUCUUACCUGGAUCCCAAUUAUGUUCUCCCUACAAGGCAGGCUCUGAAGGCCAUGGUGGAGGCCAAAUAUGAGUCUGCUAAGGAGCACGCUAUGGCUAAAGUAGAGAAGGUGGCUGCUGUUAGCCUUACAUCAGAUAUGUGGACAUCCAUCAACAUGGAUGCCUACCUGGCAGUGACAUGCCACUUUGUGGAGGAGAACGAAAAGCUGAGCUCAGUGUUGUUGGGAGUGCAGGCAUUCCCCCAGUCUCACACUGCUGAAAAUAUUGCUUGUGUGAAAGCCUCCCUGAUGGAGGAAUGGGGAAUCUCAGGCAAGGUGACAUGCAUGGUCACCGAUGGUGCUCCUAACAUGGUGGCAUGCGUGAGAGAGCUGAAGCUUCGCCACCACAUUUGUGUUGCUCACACCCUCAAUCUUGUUGUGAAGAGGGCGCUUGACCAGCACCCUGUGCUCUCAGGCCUCCGGGCCAAAGCAAGGAAGCUGGUUGACUACUUUAGAAGCAGCACCACUGUUAAGGUAUGCUCUUUUCUUUUAUUCCAAUAUAUAAUGUUAAUAGUUUGUCUGUACUCCUACUGCAGUGACUUAAUGGCCUACUCUUCUGUAUCUUUAAAGGAGAAGCUUACACAAGUGCAGCUUCAGCUGGGCAUGCAAGCAACCAAGCUGAUGCAGGAGGUGGAAACAAGAUGGAACAGCACCUACUUGAUGCUGCAACGUCUGGUGGAGUUGAGGGAGCCAGUAGGAGCGGCAUUGGCUGGAUUACACACUGACAUUCCCUUUUUCACUGCCAGUGAGUUUGACAUUGUUGUAGCGUGCCUUUCUUUACUCUCUCCUUUCUAUGACGCCACCACGGAGCUCUCUGCAGAAGAACACAUGUCAGCAUCAAAAGUUAUCCCCCUCCUGAAGAUGAUAGAGAAAGCCCUUCAGGAGGAAGACACCAAGUCGGCACCUGCAGUAGCAGUGGAAAUAGGAGAGCAGCUCAUCAGACAGCUCAGGGAGAAGCUGCACAUGCUCCAGUCAAUGAGCAUCUUGUCGCUGGCUACACUCCUGGACCCACGAUUUAAACUUAUAGCAUUUUUCAGCAACACAAAAGCUGCUGAAGCAGUGAAGCGCUUGACUUCAGAGUGUGCCACCGUCAUCCGACGGAACACAGAAGAGAACACUCACGAGAUUCCCCAGGCUUCCACCUCUCAAGAAUUCACUGGAGGUAGCAGACUUUGGCAAAGAUUGGACACUAGUGUCAUGGAGGCAAAGAGGACUCAAAAUGUGUCAGCAGAUGCCACCGUAGAGGUCCAGCGUUACCUGUCAGAGGCAAACAUAAGCAGGCUGGAGAACCCCCUGGAGUACUGGGCUAAUCAUCGGCUGGAGAAGUAG